UUUAAGGUUAGAUUAGAUUUGUUCAUUUGUUGUAUUUAUUUAGUAAUUUACAUGGUAAAAGAGAUGUCUUAGUCGAAAAUGUUACGACUUAAAGAAUUAAGUUCAGUUUAUCGUUCUGGCAGUAAAAUGUCGAGAACAUGUACCUCUGCUACCGAUGGAAAACGAUCAGAAAAAUCACAAAACUUUGAAACUGUAUUCUCAUUCCCUUUUGUGAAAUACUUUGCUAUAGUUAAUAGGCUGAAAGUAUACCAGCUCGUGGGCAGUUCUAUAGCAAUUCCAAGUAGUGCGGUUCUUGAGAUGCUCAAUAUUGUUCCUCAGGGUGUUUUAGCAACCACUGCAUAUAUGGGAAUUACGGUUGGAGCUCUAUUAUCAAUAGCAACAAUCCCAUUCAGAAAUAUAAUAGGCUUCAUAUACAUAAGUGAAGACAAUACACAAAUUAAGAUAUCAGCUUUAGAUUACUGGGGAAAAAGAAAAGAUAGAACCAUUCCAGCUGAUGAGUGGAUACCUCUGAUGGACCUGGGGGCGAAGCCUCUUGAUGUCAUCUACCUGACGCCAAAACUGAGUGAUGGUUCCAGUUACAAGUUUUUCCUCAAAUUUGGAAAAGUUCACAACCAAAAUAAACUGUCAUAUGUGCUAGAAUAAAUUAUUAAUUAUUUAAUAGAAUGUAAGCCUUGCUAAGGUGCUAACCUUUGAGAAGCUGUAGAUAGAUCUUGUUUUAUAUUAUGUACUUAUUAUAAUUGUUUCAAAUAUAGAUUUAAUAAGCUUAUCUGCAGUGUUAUUGAAUGGAGAUUCAAAUAAUAAAACAGUAGUAUUUCA